GCAAUGCAUCUGCAUGAAAUCAUCUUUUGCGCGACUGCAUCGCCGUCAACGACAUCAGGCUCUGGUUCAGUCACCCUUCACGACAUAAACACUGGCGCAUCUAUUGCUUCUUUCAAGCAAACAAAUGCAGCUCCUCAUUGUACAACUUUUUUGAACUCUAGAAACGCGCAAGGGGGCUUUUUCUUUGCCGCGCAACCCGACAAACUGUUGUUACAUGCAUACAACUUCCAAAAGGAUCAAAUAAGCCUGAAAAUCGUUGUACCAGAAAAGUUAACUUGCGUUGCUCUCGAUACAUCUGGAGAUUUCUUUGCUGGAGGGACUGCCCAGGGACGGAUCUAUCUGUGGGAGGUCUCGUCAGGUAUUCUCUUCAACUCAUGGGACGCGCACUACCGUCAAAUCAACGUCCUACGUUUUACUCCCGAUGGCGCUGCACUGCUAUCAGGCAGCGACGACUCUGGGAUCAGCGUUUGGUCGAUGCACAGUCUGCUAGAUGAGGAAUCCCAAAAUACACUGUCUUUACCGUACUUCACGUUGACCGACCACACAUUACCCGUCACCGAUAUUCUUUGUGGAUUGGGCACUUUCCCCGAAUGCCGUGUACUGACUUCCUCUGUUGAUCACUCUGUCAAGUUAUGGGAUCUCGCUACACGAUCGCUAUUGACGACAUUUAUGUUUCCUCAAGCAAUAACUUGUUUAGUUUGGGAGCCUACCGAGCGAUUGUUCUUUGCCGCCUCAUCGUCACCGGAAGGUUCUAUAUAUCAGAUAAAUCUCUUCCGACAGCUAGAGGAUAAAACAAAGGGACCUACUGUGGAGGCUAUUGGUGGGGGUGGAGUCAACGACAUUAUCCGUGUCACCGAUGAAUCUGCAGGUUCGCAGAAAAAAAGAUUGAUCAAUGUUGGCCAGCCAAUAACGUGUAUGUCGCUGUCAUUGACAUCAAACCUUCUGGUCGGAACUUCGUCAGGAUUGAUACAUAUCUACGAUACCCCCACCCAUCAACUCCUUCGAACAAUAUCGACACAUAAAGGGCUUUCAAUCUCCUACCUUGCCACACUCCUCAAGCCCAUAGAUCUCACUGGCCAUGUUAGCUUUAAUUUCAACUCAAGUGUCACCACCAUCGACACAAUACCGGUCAAGCCCAUCAUGCCCUUUCAACGUAUGCGAGACGCCAAAGCUCGAGAGAUUCACGAGGUAUCAAUGAUGUUACCUACUCGUGAAAACGAUUACGAAGACGAGAGCACGUUCUAUAGCCAGGAAGCAUUACUUCGUGACCACGCGUACUUUACCACACCUUCCAAUUCUGGAACCCGACUUGGUGAUACUGCGGUCCUGCAAUCUCGGGUUACUGAGCUCGAGUCUGAAGUUGCUUUACUACGUGGACAACUUGGUCAAGCAAAAGGCGUCAACGACUUGAUGUGGGAGACUGUCGUCCACAAGGUCAUUCAUGGUCAAGCCAAGGGUACAAACAACGCGAACGGUGAAUCAAUAGAAGAUGAGAGACAACGGAAGCGGGGGCGAGUCGAUUCAGAUUUGGAGGUACAUUUGUAAUUGUUACACGUAAAAAAGUACAGUCUA